AUGACCUUCACCCUCAAAACCCUAAUCUGUCUUGGAAUGACUCUGGGCCUCUGGAUCACAGUGCUGACAGAGUUCCUCCCUAGGCCAAUCCUCAGAGUACAGCCAGACACUGUGGUCUCUACACAGAGUAAGGUGAUCUUCUUCUGUGAGUGGAGUCAAGGAGCCAAACGUUACUGUCUCUAGAAACAGGGAAGCAGAAAUCCAAGGUGCCUUGGAAUUCGACCUAAACCUGGCAAGAAGGUUGAAUUCUCCAUCUCAAAAAUUGACCAGUACCAUGCAGGACAUUACCACUGUUAUUAUCAGAUCCAUGUUCAAUGGUCAGAGGACAGUGAUGCACUGGAGCUGGUAGUGACAGGAGCACACAGUAAACCCAGGCUAACCCAGCCAAGCCCUGUGGUGAGCUCAGGACAGAAGGUGACCCUCCAGUGUGUGUCAGGGCAGAAUUAUGACAGGUUCAUUCUGACUAAGGAAGGAUCACAGAAGCUCCUCUGGAGGCAGGACUCACAAUAUAACUAUGAUACUGGGAUUUCUCAGGCCUUCUUUUCUGUGCCACCAGUGACCUCCAGCCAGAGGUGGGCAUUCAGAUGCUACAGCUAUGACAGUAGCAAUCCACAGGUGUGGUCAGAACCUAGUGACACCCUGGAGCUCCUGGUCUCAGGGAACCUACCCAAACCCAUCAUCAAGGUUGAACCAGGCUCUGUGGUCACUCUAACUAGUUUCAUGACCAUCUGGUGUCAGGGUACCCUGGAUGCAGAAGUGUAUUUUCUGUAUAAAGAGGGGAGCCAUUCAACCUGGAGCACAGAGACUCUACAAAAGCCUAGGAACAAGGGCAAGUUCUUCUACCCUUCUGUGACAGGAGAACAUGCAGGGAAAUAUUGUUGUUAUUGGUACAGCUCAGCUGGUUGGUCGGAGCCCAGUGACAUCCUGGAGCUGGUGGUGACAGGAAUCUAUGACUACAAAGAACUCAGGCUGUCAGUACUGCCCAGCCCUGUGGUGACAGUGGGAAGGAACAUGACACUGCACUGUGUCUCACAUAGUCACUAUGAUAAAUUCAUUCUCACCAAGGAAGAUCACAAGUUCACCAGCUCACUGGACACACAGUGUAUACCUCCUAGUGGACAGUGCCAAGCCCUGUUUGUUAUGGGACCCAUGACAUCAAACCACACAGGGACAUUCAGAUGUUAUGGUUACUACAAGAAUUCUCCACAGUUGUGGUCAGUACCCAGUAAGCCCCUGGAAAUUCAUAUCUCAGGGCUGUCCAAGAAGCCCUCUCUGCUAACUCACCAAGGCCACAUCCUGGACCCUGGAGUUAACCUCACACUGCAGUGUUGCUCUGACAUCAACUAUGACAGAUUUGCUCUGUACAAAGUUGGGGGUGCUGACAUUAUGCAGCACACUAGCCAGUGGACUGACACUGGCUUCUCCAUGACCAACUUCACACUGGGCUAUGUGAACCACUCUACUGGAGGCCAAUACAGAUGCUAUGGUGCACACAACCUCUCCUCUGAGUGGUCAGCAUCCAGUGAUCCCCUGGACAUCCUGAUCACAGGACAGAUUGAUGACACACCUUCCCUCUCAGUGAUGCCUAACUCCUCAAUACACUCAGGAGAGAAUGUGACCCCGAUGUGUUGGUCAAUGUACCCUGUGGACACUUUCAUUCUGUCCAAGGAGGGAUCAGGCCAGCCACCCCUUCGACUAAAAUCAAAGUUUCAAGAUCAGCAGUACCGGUCAGAAUUCUCCAUGAGUGCUGUGACCUCCACCCACUCGGGCACCUACAGGUGCUAUGGUUCUCGAGAUUCAUCUCUGUACCUGUUGUCAUUUGCCAGUGCCCCUGUGGAGCUCAUAGUCUCAGAACCCAUUGAAGCCUCCAGCUGGCCAACUAAAAGGUUCAUCACAACAGCUACUCCAGAGAACCGGGAUCACACAAUGGAGAAUCUCAUCAGGAUGGGGAUGGCUGUCCUGGUCCUCAUAGUCCUUUCAAUUCUAGCCGCUGAGGCCUGGCAUAGCCAUAGACAGACCCACCAUGCAGAUGGGAAAUAA